GUUUUCACUGAGCAUUCAAGGCAGACGGUUCGAUUCGUUUUGUUUUGCAUCGUUUCGUUUCGGUACAAUUGUGCUUAUUUUAUUUCUGAUGGUUGCGCGGAACACGUAUCUUUUAUUUUGGUAGUGUAGAGUUACUCAGUGGCUCUUAGAGCUGGCCAUGUGACGGUAAAGCAUCUAUAGUUGAGGAACGAGUUCCUAUGGUUACAGUGCGUCGGGUAUAUUCAACAGUUUGUUAAUUCUCUGCCACUUGUUACUCAUUGUUAAUUUUCAAAAAUAAUAAUAACAAUAAUCAAAUUCGAUCACUUCGAAAGUAAAUCAUAAAGCCAAAAUGGGCUUCUCAUCGGCGUUGCAGAGCCGUGCAGCUCAUGAAGCGUUGAUCGUCAGGCAAGAUGCAGAACUGCGUCUUAUGGAGACCAUGAAGCGAUCCAUUCAAUUGAAAGCCAAGUGCGACAAGGAAUACGCUAUCAGUUUGGCUGCGGUUGCUCAACAGGGACUUAAAAUUGAUCGAGCUGAUGACAUGCAAGGCAGUCUCAUCACAAAGUCUUGGCGAUCUUACAUGGAUGAGCUUGACCAGCAAGCGAAGCAGUUUAAAUUGAAUGCCGAACAACUUGAAGUUAUUUGCGACAAGUUGGCUCACCUCUCACAAGACAAACGCAAAGCGCGCAAGUCUUAUCAGGAGGAGCACAGCAAAAUUGCAGCACGUCUGAAUCAUCUGACGGACGAAGUAGUGCGAAAGAAGUCAGAAUACCAAAAGCAUCUGGAAGGUUAUAAGACGUUGCGCACACGUUUCGAGGAACACUACAUAAAAGCACCUGGUCGAAGUGGUCGCAAGCUGGACGAUGUGCGGGAUAAGUACCAAAAGGCCUGCCGUAAAUUGCAUCUGACACACAAUGAAUAUGUGCUUUCCAUUACGGAGGCCAUUGAAGUCGAGAAAGAUUUCCGCACAGUGCUGCUACCAGGCCUACUUGAGCAUCAACAAUCUGUCCAGGAAAGCUUCAUACUCCUGUGGAGAAAUAUAUUAUUGGAAGCGGCACAGCAUGGCGAUCUGACUGCUGAUAAAUAUAAAGAGAUCCAGAAACGCAUUGACACCGUGAUAGGCGGUAUCAAUCCGACCGAGGAGUAUGCAGAGUUCACUGAAAAACACAAAACAUCACCAACAACGCCGUUGCAAUUUCAAUUCGACGAGUCAUUAAUCGAAGAUAUACCUGGCAAACUGACCGCUAGCACUCUGACAGUUGACAAUCUGACAGUUGAUUGGCUACGAACACGACUAACGGAACUGGAAUUGGCGGUGAAGGAAUGCCAGGAGCGGCAAUUGAAGGUGAUUGAGCAUGUGAAUGGUGGCUCCCCGGUGGCCAAUGGAAGCGUCAUUUCCAAUGGUAGCAUGGCAUCUAAUGGCAUUCAGUCCAACAAGGAUAGUCAGAAUCGACAAUCAAAAGACCUCAAUGCACUGCGUUGUCAGGAAAAGCAGAAACAAAAACUAGUGGACAUGAUCAAGUUUUCAUUGAACGAAGUCGGCUGUGAGGAGCUACCGUCUGGUUGCGAUGAUCACCUUUCGUUAGAACACAACUUUAUCGAUCAUGGCUUCAAUAACGAACAACAGCAACAGCGCUCCAAUUCCACUAGCUCCCCAGGCAUGGGAAUUAUGAAUGAACUGAUGCGUAGAGGUGGAGUUCUCACUCUGCUGCGAGGACGUGGUCGUCACUUCAAGCGUAAGUCGACACCUCAGCCAACGACACCCAUGUCAAGAUCACGACAUGGCAGAUACUCGAAGCUGCAACCGCGAUCACAAAGCCUAGGAUCGCUUUCGGUAAUUAAGGAUGUGCGAAGUCCUGCACGUUACGAAACCAUUACUAACCCCCUGCGUUUGGCUGCCAGCGUACACUAUCUCGGCGAGGAGAUUGUGUUUAGCUCGAUGCCGUUACCUCCGUUACGUCGCACGCAAUGUUCUAUGUUGUGUUUGGGGGAGGACGAAAAGCUUCCGGAAUCGUUGCCAGCGUUCUUACCCGAUAUUGCUCCCGCCUCCGUCUCCAUUUAUUCCACAUGUGCUUCCAAUAUCAUAGCUUUAAGCCCGCUCAGCGCUUCAGUUUCUGUCAUUACUAAUACUAACAAUGAUCACCUUUAUUCGGAAUUGGAGACUAGAAAACCCAGCAAUGGCGAUUCGGACAGCAUUAUUAGCGCAGAAGAGUUAGCAUAUAAAAGUGUGCAAGUAAAAAUCGAAAUCAAUAACUUGGAUGCUAUUGACGACAGUUCAGUGCCUCAAAGUUCCAUUGACGCACAUCUGGACAAGAUUGAUGAGCUGAAUAGGGUGCUGGAUGAUCGCUACAAACGCAAUAUACACCCGCUAUCUCACAACGAUGUGAAUAACAUAGAAAGUGCCGAUGAAACUCAAUUACCAACUCGCUCGACACACGACGUUGCUGAUUGCCAAACUAAACGUAGCUCCAGCUCUAGCUCGGAAUGGCCUUUACAUCUUAGCCCUAAGGAAAGCGGCCAGACCAAAAAACGCUCAUUAUCUUUUACUCAAAAAUCAAUCAAUAACAUACUUAGUAACAUAAAGGAAUUUUCAAAAAGUCCACUGACACGCAUGACUAAGAAUCCGAUUCUUAGUGAGGAACCAAAUGUGCCAAAGAUACACCCUGAUAAGGCAGCCAAUUCGCAGUUUGCGAACAGCAUCGAGAGUCCAACUCAACACACUGCUCACAACAAUAAUAAUAUUAAUAUCAUUCCCAAUCCCUGUCAGUCGACAAUCAUCACCAGCACCACCGCGACAACCUUAACAACAUCAACAACAACAUCCAGUAAGACGCCGUCCAAGGAAAUAUCAAGUCUGAAAUUUAAAGUGCCAAAAAUACAAAAGCAAUCGAAAGCCAUUCGGAAUACAUUUCGUAGCAAGUUACUCAACUUUCAGUUGAAACGUUCCAAGCCCUGUAAACAGUGCACGAAGCGACGUCGCAUUCAUCCCAGCAGGAGUGUAUUUGACUUCUCUAAGCAAUUUGAAGCAGAUCCUACGGCACAGAGCGAUCAAGACCAAUUUUGUAGCUGUCCGCCACCGUCGGCAAAAGCGGGUGCAAUGGGAAUAUUGGGCCAGAACAUUGAGGCAUUUGCGAUGCACAGCUCUGAGAAUCUAAAUGAUAAUGACGAGGACAACGACGGUAGCAGCAGCGAUGAUAUGCUCAGCAUUAAAGACCAUUGUUAUUGCGUGCCCAGUUUGGCAGCAAGUAUUUCACUUUCUACAAAUCGUCCGCUUUACGAAGAGGAAUGGUUUCACGGCGUCCUGCCGCGCGAGGAAGUGGUACGUCUCUUAAAUAUCGACGGUGAUUUUCUAGUACGUGAGACUAUACGAAACGAGGAGAGCCAAAUCGUUUUGAGUGUUUGCUGGAAUGGUCACAAGCAUUUCAUAGUGCAGACCACGGGCGAUGGACACUUUCGCUUUGAAGGGCCACCCUUUCCCAGCAUACAGGAACUGAUCAUGCAUCAGUUUCACUCCGAGCUGCCAGUCACAGUCAAAUCCGGUGCUAUUCUCCGCCGUCCAGUUUGUCGCGAGUGCUGGGAGCUUAGCAACGAUGAUGUGGCACUUCUUGAAAAGAUCGGCAGGGGUAACUUCGGCGACGUAUACAAAGCCAAGCUAAAGUCUACCAAACAGGAUGUCGCUGUAAAAACCUGCCGAAUGACACUACCAGAUGAACAGAAGCGAAAAUUCUUACAAGAGGGUCGCAUCCUAAAACAGUAUGAUCAUCCAAACAUUGUCAAGCUUAUUGGAAUUUGCGUCCAAAAGCAACCGAUUAUGAUUGUCAUGGAAUUAGUGCCGGGUGGAUCCUUGCUUAAUUAUCUACGCAAAAACUCUAAUGGACUCUCCACACGUCAACAGAUGGGCAUGUGUCGUGAUGCUGCGGCAGGCAUGCGAUAUCUUGAGUCAAAGAACUGUAUACAUCGAGAUCUGGCUGCUCGAAAUUGUCUUGUUGACUUUGAGCAUACCGUUAAAAUUUCAGAUUUUGGCAUGUCUCGCGAGGAGGAAGAAUACAUUGUCUCCGAUGGCAUGAAACAAAUACCUGUUAAGUGGACUGCCCCCGAAGCUCUUAAUUUUGGCAAAUAUACUUCGCUUUGUGAUGUCUGGUCAUACGGUAUUCUGAUGUGGGAAAUAUUCUCUAAAGGCGAUACACCCUAUUCAGGAAUGAGCAAUUCACGUGCCAGAGAACGCAUCGAUACAGGUUAUCGUAUGCCAACACCAGAAAAUACACCACCAGAGAUGUAUCGGCUGAUGCUUAAAUGCUGGGCCGCUGAUGUUGAAUCUCGUCCCCAUUUUGACGAGAUCUACAAUGUUGUUGAUGCGCUAAUCUUGCGUUUGGAAAACAGUCAUUAAGAAAGCACAUUAGAUAAAUAGGGAGAUUGCAAUGUGUUUAAAAAUCUACUAUAUUUUCUAAAACAUACUCAAUGCAGUUUUUAUAGAGUGCUUUUAAAGUACGAGUAUGUCACUCCAUUUAGAAUUUAAAAACGAGACGCCUGUAUUUAUAAAAUACAAUAAUUUAUAAUAUACUAUAAAAAUACUUCGCAUCUACGCAUAUGUUUUUAAAAUGUGAAAGAAGUAGAAUGAUAUUUAUAUAAAAAUUAAUAUGAAUAUUGAAAUAUAUAUUUUAUAGUCGUUUAACUGAA